AUGUCAUCAUCGCUGGGUCUUGAAAGGAUACCUAGUACCCAAGAGGAACGAUUACAACGAAGAAGAACCAUCGAAAGUGAACUAAGUAUCGCUGAAGAAGAAUCACUUUCCAGUGCUUUACCUGAGGGAUUUAAAUAUGAAAAUGAAAAUGAGAAACCUCCUAAAUCUAAAUAUGUCAUUUUUGUGAAAACUCAAAAAUACUAUCCUGUGAUACUCAAUAUAGUACAUGGAUCAAUAUGGGGAGUCUUGGUUAGAAAAGGGUUAAUGGCAUUGACAUCUUAUAAAGGUUCUUUUCUAUCUGGUGUAAUUUGGGCCAAUUUUACUGCUUGUAUUGUAAUGGGCUUAGCCAUUGACGGUGAGAAUCUUUGGCUAAAAUUACUUGAAGAAGAUGAAUAUUCAGCAAAGGGGGCAAUACCAGUAUAUACUGGUUUAACUACUGGAUUUUGUGGGACAGUUUCAUCAUUUUCUUCAGUUAUGUUGGAAGCAUUUAAUAAAGCUGCCGAUACUGAAAUCGGUGUUUACUAUCAAUAUCCAAAUGGAGCUUAUGGUAUAAUGGAAUUUCUUGCCGUUGUAUUGGCACAAUUUGGAAUGUCUGUUAUUGGAUUUCAUAUUGGGAAACAUAUACUGGAAAUGAUGGAUAAACAUUUACCACAACUUGACAAGAAAACUUACAAAAUGUUAGAAUAUUUGUCAAUGGCUACUGGAAUUGCAUUGGUUAUUAUUACAUGUGUUUUGUUAGGAGUCAAGCCUCAUGGUGCUUGGAGAAGUUGGACAUUUUCCAUGUUGUUUGCUCCACCAGGUGCUAUUUUAAGAUACUAUUUGUCAAAGUAUUUAAACUCCAAAGUGGCUAAUUUCCCCAUGGGUACUUUUGCCGCUAAUAUCCUUGGUAGUUUAUUAUUAGCAGUAUUUAACUUGCUCGGAAGAGGAAAACUACCAGGUAAUAAUAGAAGAAUAGUAAAUCAUGUCAUGGGAUGCCAUGUAUUGAAUGGAUUAGAUGAUGGUUUUUGUGGAGCAUUGACUACUGUUAGUACCUUUGUUGCUGAAUUGUUUGCCUUGCGUACAUGGUUUAGUUAUAGAUAUGGUAUUUCUUCAAUAAUGGUUGGAUUUGCCAUGUUUAUCUUGAUUCUCGGUUCAUAUAAUUGGACAGUAGGCUUAACUGAUCCGUACUGCAGUUGA